GCAGCUGCAGCUCCGGUGAAGCCAACAGUGAACAUGAGCGAAGGGAAAGGACCUGUGACCCUGAAAAUAAUCCUCUUAGGAAACUCUGGGGUGGGAAAAUCCUCCUUCAUGAACAGAUAUGUGAAUCAUGGCUACACCAACAUGUACCGGGCCACGAUAGGGACUGACUUCCUCUCAAAGACAGUCGGCAUAGAUGGGGACAAAGUCACCCUGCAGAUCUGGGACACAGCCGGUACAGAGAGGUUCCAGUCUCUGGGUACACCUCUGUACAGAGGAGCCCACUGCUGCCUGCUGGUGUUUGAUGUCACAUCCAAGGCCAGUUUCUCUGCCUUGGAGGUUUGGAGGAAGGAGUUCCUGGUCCAGGGCGAGCCCCAGGAGCCAUCUGACUUCCCUUUUAUUGUUCUGGGCAACAAGACUGACCUGAGCAACCGGGAGGUGUCCGGCAGGAAGGCUCUGCAGUGGUGCGAGGAAAUAGGAGCUGAGUACUUUGAAGGAAGCGCCAAAGAAGACCUCGACAUAGAGAAGCCGUUUUUGAGAGCUGCCCAGAGCGGCCUACAACAGUACAAAAAACACACAUUGGAAAAUACAGGACAUUUCCAGAUAACCUGCAAACAGCCGACAGAAACUCGCAACACCUGUGAGUGCUGAGAGCAGCACUCGUCCCAGUGUGGGAGGGAAAGUUCAGAGAGACCUCGGCACUGCUGAUGAUGACCUAUCUAACGAGGGUGCAAAAAUAGUGACCCAGCAAAGGUACUAUGGAAGGAAAGGACACAAUUGUAUACCACAUGGAGAGAGGAACAAACUCAUUAAAUGUUUUUUCUUUUUUUGAGAACCUUCAGCUUAUGGUCUAACUUAAGGCAUCACUACUAAAAUACACUGCUUUUGCAUGCAUGUCUAGUUUUGUUCAACAGACACACUGACACGCACAAAAUUAUGAAUGCAUAUGAAGAGAAAGUUCGUUUCUAGAAAGAAAUCAGGAGAAACCACAAACGGAAACCAAGGUGCGAGCCGGAGAAAAGGCGGCAAGCGGAAACCUCGGCCCCGAUCUUCCUUCCUGGCUGUUACCAUCCCAACUGAAUUCGCCCUUAAAAAGUAGAUAUACACUCAUGUCCAGUCAAAAACCUCCUCCCUGUACAAGUUUGUAUUGUAAUGAACCUAGCAGUGAUUCAGACUCCUACAGUGAAUCAGCUUGACAGAAGCAAAUUAGAACAAUCAGGGAGACUAUAUAUAUUUAUAUAUAUAUUUGUUUCUUUUAUAAGUAAAGACACAAAAGGCAAUCAAGAGAUGACCAACAUGUAAA